AUGCCCGUGCUCCCACGUCCAUGCACUCCACGCCGCAACCCGCCUCGGUCCCGUUCUGCCGACCACCGCCACUCCUCUCACAAAAAGAGGAACUCGACUCCCGAGCAACCCACGGGUGGAGGUCCCAAGCUCGUAUGCGAGCCACCUAGGCCUGCCCUACCUUCCACAGUCAAGACCGGACGUGGCCCUGUCCUUGAUUACCAGUACCCGGCGGUCAAUACUUCCAAGUCUAGUGUGCGCCCUUCCAGCACCAAGAUCACAGCCACAGAACCCAGUCCCACCGCAGGCAGCAAAGACCAGGAGCCCAUGUCCUGCUGCAUCAUGGACCGCAUUGAGAAGAAGUACAGCGAGUCUUCAUCGCAACUGAACGGCCAGCACCUCUACAUCGUACUCUGUUUCCAGUCGGCCGUGGCUACCAUCCUCUUUCUUGUGUUCCUCUGCGUCCCGGUGGCCAUGAUUUCCAUCGGCGCGCUCAACUUUUCCAACUGCAAGCUGAACGACGCCAUUCCGUUGACGCUGACCGUGGCAGGAUGCGCGUACUUCCUCAUUCCGUUGCUGAGCGCCGCCUUGGAUUGGAACGCCAACAACCGCUACUGUCCCGUCAUCGUGUCGCUGCUUGUGAUUGUGGCCCUGGGGGCUUCGACCGCAGGAGCCCUGGUCGUGUUUAGGGAAGUUUGGCCUUCGGCAGAACCUGGCGAUUCGCGGUACUGUCAUCCCACCCUCUACUAUUUCUCCUUCGUGAUGUGGUCGACGUUCAUUGUUUUCGUGCCCGUCAUGCUUGUUGUAUCGGUGGUGGUGUUCAGGCGGUUUGGGCGGCAUAACGUCAACGCGGUCCGUCCAUCGUAG